CAUGGAAUGGGUAUGUAGAUCCCCUCCCCCCCUUUUUUUCUUUUUCUGCGUGGCUUUGGUAAUGUUUUCCAGAGGCGUGAAUAUGCAGCUACGUGUGUGGUACAUACGCAAAGAGACCAUUGUAUGUAUCUACGGGGUCAGAAGUACUGUAGAUGCAAGUGUAAAACAUGUUUGCCGUGCGUGUAGUUGUUCAUCGUUGUUGUACGGUUCGUGACGGGUAGGGGGGGAUUGCAUGGCUUAGGAUCGGAUUAGUCUCUUUGCACGCGGAAAUGGAGCACUUGAUAGAUUUUCUUGUAUAUUUCUAGGAAUGGAUGAUGGUGUAUAUGUAGGUUCUUUGUUAUCUUGUCUUCGUAGUUGCACACGUACGUGCACUGUAAAGGGUAUGUGUACACUGCCUGCUCUUUUCUUCUAGCUACAUCUUCUUAUAACAUUAAUAAAUACGCCAUCCAGUAGUCUGCGCGUCUCUGCAGAUACAAGCGCUCCUAUGCUGCUGCUGCUGUUGUUCUUGUGCAAACUGAACCAUGGAUAACCAUCCCACCACCGUACCACGGCUCACCAACCUCCCAUAUCUCCCCCUCCCGACAAUCCCGCAGAUCCAGCCAUCGACCCCACCCCUCCCAGAUCUCAUCGCGUCAGCGAAUCGGGGGAAUGUCGUGCAUUGAAAUAAAGAAGAUUACGUAGGUGUGAACCAACCUCCUCAACAACUUCGUCUAGCUCCCCUCCCAUCUUCCCCUUCCCCAUCACGGAAUAGGAUGGAUACAACUUUAUCGAUAGUUUUAGCUUGGGAAAAACUGCCGAUGUUGCUUGCAGUUCCGGAUGCCUCGUUCCUCCCCCUCCCGUCUUACGGAUAGACGAUGGGUGCACUACGUGUGUUAGCUUGGACGGUGGCGCUCGCGUUUCUUUCCUUGCAGCCUUUUUACACAUGUUACUUGCGCCGAUUGUUGGGGAUUUCGGUCUUGGACUGCGCCACCG